CAAAACACACACGCCUCUCUUCACUCUUGUUAAAUUGAUAACGGCCAGACCAAAUUGCAGAGAGAAUUAAACAAAAGAAGAAGAUGAAGGUUCUAGAGAAGUGGUUGGCCUUGAUGUACCCAAGAGUGCAAGAAGGAAGAGAGGAAGAGUGCUGUAGUGUGUGUCUGAUGAGAAUGGAGGAAAAAGAUCAUGUCAAGUCUCUACCUUGUUCCCAUGAGUUCCAUAGUCUCUGCGUCGAUACAUGGUUCAAUGUCAGCCGCAAGAUUUGCUGUCCUCUUUGUCGCUUUUCGCCUGCUACCAUUCUCCUCACGGAUGAACUUCUCCUCUGGUUCUCCUCUUUCCAUUUCUGAUUCCUUCCUGUUUUUUUUCUUCUUCUUGGGAUUUAAAACACCUUUUUCUCUAUGUAAUUCCCCUUGAUUCUCAGAACAAAAAAGAUGAGAAAGUCUUGUAAAUAAAUUGUUAAUUGCCAAUUUUACAUCUUCUUGAUCACAA